AUGGGACCAGCAAAGCAAAUCUUUUGGUAUGAAAAAUCUGUUCGUGAUCGCAAAGAGGGGCUGAUUGGUUGUCCUCAAGAAAGCUACAUUGAGAAAGUUCUUGAGAGAAUGGAGGUUGAUUCAAAUGGUGGUGACAAUCAUUCAGUAAAUGAGAGUGAACAAAGAAGAUUAGAAAUCAAUGAUCAAGCAGGGAUUGGGGUGUCUAGGAACUAUCAUUCAAUGGUUGUUGAAGCAGGGGGAUAUGAGUCAUUGACAUUUGAUGAGCGAGAUGCAAGGAAUUACAUUAAUAGAGCUAGAAGAUUAAGGCUUGGUGAAGGUGAUGUCGAAUCACUUCAAAGUUAUUUUAUGAGGAUGAAAGCACAUAGUGAGAAAUUCUGUUAUGUGAUUGAUGUUGAUGAGGAGUUUUUCAAUAGAAACUUGUUUUGGGCUGAUGCAAGGAGUAGGGCUAUGUAUGAAUCAUUUGGAGAUGUUGUUUCAUUUGACACAACUUAUCUGACAAACAAAUAUGACAUGCCAUUUGCUCCAUUUGUAGGAGUCAAUCAUCAUGGACAAUCUAUUUUGCUUGGUUGUAGAUUGUUAUCUAGUGAAGACACCGACAUAUUUGUUUGGCUAUUCAAGUCGUGGUUAAGUUGCAUGUUAAAUAAACCUCUAAAAGCUAUCAUAACUGAUCAAUGCAGAGCUAUGCAAAAUGCUAUAGAAAUUGUCUUUCCACAGGCCCGGCAUCGAUGGUGCUUAUGGCAUGUAAUGAAGAAAAUACCGUAG